AUUUCAGGGAUAGCGUUACAAAAGAAAAAUGGAAUUAGGAAUAAGGAUAUUCGUUCUAUUGGCACUUAUACAAGGUACACGAAGCGCUGGUAACAUUUAUAUCUUACCUUCGCUAGGGUUAGGUGGUGAUGGUACAGAAACAAACGUGAAAAUCACUUUCAUGAUAGCAAAUCCUGGUCCAAAUACGAUUGAUACGGUGUCCACUACAUUAAACAACGACUCUGUCGUUCAAACAGUAACAAGAAACAACAUUUACAAAAACACAGUUCAGUUUGUCGCUAUGGAAAACUUUGAAGAAGGGUCUCUACUAAAUCGGUCAGAGCUUGCAAACAAAUCUAUUACUGUUGAAACUCUAGGUAACGGUUUCAAUUUGCAUAUUGUGUACGAGAAAAAUGGAUAUGACGAAGGGUAUGCCGCCCUAGCUACAUCUGAAAUCGGAAAUGAGUAUUACGUCAGCACAUUCUGUGCAUUAGGGGGAUUUUGUCAGGUGGCUAUUGCUUCUGUAUCACCGGGCUUGACGCGCGUGUACAUCAAGCUUCCGAGCGAAGUUGACGAAGUUGUGAUCUGUGUCGGAGAGAAGUCAUGGAGAAGCAAAUAUCAUACGUCAUUUAAUCUAACUUUCCCGGAAACUAUCCAAAUCGAAACAACUCACGACUUAACAGGCACAUUCAUUUACGCUGACAAACCAGUUUCCGUUAUUGCCGGUACCCGCUCAAUGCCUGCUGAUGGAACCAGACUGUUACACUUCAUGGAACAGCUUACGCCGGUUCCUCAUUGGGGGACAGAGUUCAUAGUCCGAGGAUUUGAAACUGCAUACGGAGUUGUGAUUCACAUCACGUCUAGUGAGCCAAAAACCUUUGUUGAAAUGUCUGGUUUUAAAACUGUGGAGAUGACCGGAAAUGGCCAGACUUUGAAAAGGAGGCUUGAGGAAUCUACAGUUAGUUAUAUAAAGUCAACAAAACCUGUACAAGUCAUUAUUUAUGUUGGAAUCACUUUCGGAUCAUACGACCCAAUAUAUUCAGUUGGCAUGACAACCGUACCGGCUUUUGAACACUUUCUGACGUCAUACGUCCACAACGCCAACAACCAGCCAACGUUCUUUCAGUAUGUGUUAAGUAAUGGCGACUCCGUGCCGUGCCAAGGCGAUCCUAUAAUUACAAAGGUACCGUAUACACCUUAUCAGGUCAAUUCACUGAACCAGACGGCGACAUUAUCAGUUUCCGACAAGUUGAUCAAAACAGGUCAGAAUGCUCCCUUUGGCGGCAUUGUUAUGAUUAACUAUGCCGUGUUUCCGCUGAGUCCUCCAUUAAUUCUGACUGGGACGCCGUGUGGUACAAGCGUAUACAGGUCAAGUGUCGGGGAUGGCAUUGACAAUGAUUGUGAUGGGAACGUUGACGAAGAUUAUUGCUUCGAAAAUGCAAAGAUUACGUCAACAUUUAUUCCUGGCGUGACUGAUGAAAUACCUGCGUAUACGGCAAACGUCACCGAUUUUUAUGAGCUGUUAUUCCGGGUUCAGACAUGCGAAACUGUGCAAAUUGAACUAUCUGAAACUGCCCCAGGAAAGUUCAUUAUAUACAUAUCUUGGUCACAUAUAAUCGUUUACAGAUGUUUUCCGAAGUGUGACGUCAUAAAGAAAGUGAACACAAGCGACAUACUAGAUCUGACGAACUGUAAACAUGACGUAAUAUCCUACUGGGUAAUGCAGAGCCAAAAUAAAUUUUGUGUGGACAUAGGAAGAAGAAAUUUCAAUGGCGUAUGCGCCGGUAUUAUCACUGAAAUGCCCUUGUCGGCAGGUUUAGUUAGUUUAAGAGUGAGUGGAUUGAUGAAUAAUGCUACUAUAUGGUAUGAUAUGUACAGGACAGAUUGUGGAAAGUUCGCGUCAGAUUGGCGUUGUCAGGAUACUGUAGCAAACUGUAACCAAUAUCCGGACGACCUUUGUACUAACCCAAGUUACACUGAAUGGGUGAACCUAAAUUGUCAACUGUUUUGCGGCAUAUGUUCACCAGAUAGUCAUGGGAGAAUGUUUGUUUAUCAUCCGGCGCCUUGGACGUCUGCUUUAUAUACACAGUAUUUGAAAAUUGUUGGAUCUUACCAAGAAGAACCGCGUAUUGGUGUCGAAAGCGGAAGUGGAUUCCUAACCUCCAAAGCUGAGACGAUUGUCGAUGACGUCACAAAUGUUUCCUACUCCAGUUUUCUUGUAACUGAUGUUACCAGUCCAGUGUACAUUUUUGCUGAGGAUGAUUCAAUUGUGUACUCUAGUUUCGAACCGAAUGGUGUAAAUUCACGUCUGCUUCAACCCUUGGACGCUGUUGGAAAUGAAUACAUGACAAUUUCAUUUGGUUCUUCCGAUUUGCACUGCUCGGUUGCGUCUUUAGAACCGGGAACCAGCGUAAAUAUUUACACAGGAAGUCAGAUUUUGACUCGAGAUAUGUUUAAAUCAUUUUCAGAAACAUUUUCAACCUUUCAAACAGGAACUCUCUUCACCGGAAACAAACCCUUUGCGUUGUUUUGUGGAACAGACGCUGGAUCCGAAUUUGGUAUGACUUGGUUCCAGGUUCCAGCAACUAAAACUUGGGGAACCAGUUACAUUACGCCGGCAUUUGGCUUCAGUGAAAACGGAGAGAUGCGUGCUAAAAUUAAGAUUGUGGCAAAUAGCAAUAACACUGUUUUAGAAAUUCAUGGAGAUUUUGACGGCAUUUAUGUCCUUCUGUCACGUGGAGAUUCAAAAGAACUGGUAACAGACCCGUCUGUGACAUACAAUAUUACGUCAAACUUCCCUGUCGGAGUAGCCAUUUUAUACUUAAAUAAUCCCGACAGUUCUCCAAGCUACACCGCUAGUUUUCACAUAUUGUCUCCGGUAGAGUCAUUUAUGGACAAUCCUGUAAUGCUCGGAUACAGCGCUACUACAGAAAAUGUCACGGCAACUGAUAAACACGGAACUGUAACGGAGGUUACGCUGAAUAAUACUGACGCCACUCUAGGGGAUUUUUAUUAUUCGUAUGAAGGGUUGAACACGUUCCUGAUGUAUGCUCGUAUACUUUUUACUGGAAUUGACGUCACACCUUCAACGUCACUGUAUAAAGAUUUCUCAAAUAAUCAAAUAUGUCGUCUUAAACACGGUACGGAUGGUGACGGUACAGACGCGGACUGUGACGGCCUUGCAGACGAAGAAAGUGUAUGUUACUUCGGAUAUAGCACGACUAAGCAAGAUUCAGAUUUGGACGGGGCGUUUGGUGAGGACUGUGGAUCUAGUUUGGAAGGGACACCAAGUAUGCUUCUUCCAGAGGAACCUCAGUGUACCCCACAGUUAACCGAGCAGACGAACGCUAGCUGCUGGCAGAACUGCGCAUGCAGGUGCUCGUGGCAGACGAAACUUGAGGAAUAUCAGCUGAUGAACAAAUCUGAACAGGAUGCGUACAAUCAGGCGGAAUCUGAGAAGUACCAAAAGGAACUUAAAGUGAACGAAAAGAAGCUGUCCUCACAUGUUGCUGGAAAACAAAGUGCGGUGGAUACGCGCACCUCCUCUCAGAAUAUAGGCGUGGCAGGUGUUGUUUUUAUUAUCAUAGUGGUGUGCGUGGUUAUGAUCUUUGAUCUUGUCAACCUCAUUCAUAAAAUACGGGGGAAGAAAAAUGCAGUGGAGGAAGUUCAAUGAACAAAAGAUGUGUGAAUAUUCGCGUUAUGAAAAUAAAAAAGAAUAAUAGAUCUACAUAAAGUGUCGUUCGUAGAAAAAUUCUUACUUUAUGACGUCGUCAGCCCGUUGUCGAGAUAUUGCGUGACGUACUUUAAAAAUGACGGAUCAAACAAUGAUUGAGAGGCGAUUCUACAAGACAACAAGUUCUUUCUUUUUAUCACAUGAUGUUACGUAGGAAACGUCAACAUCAUCUUCUGAAAUAUUGUUAUCCAUUGACGUUACAUAUGACUGAUGACGUCAUCACUUGUGACUACAUGUACUUUCAGCUAUUGUGUUGUUGUUCCCGUUGUUGUUUUUAUAGCAAUAUUUAAACAGUU